CACGUGUUCAGUAGCUAGGCAACAGUUGUCGACGCCAAGAAGUCGAAAACGUUUAGAUGAAGAUAAAAACAGCAACCUCAAGACAAACUCGGGCCUUGUAGUUGAAGCUAAAAUAAGGUAACCAAACACUACCGAGAUGUCCCGCUCGACAUCCAAGGCCCAAGCUGACAAGGGUAAGGCACCUGCUCGAGUGUCCCCACCGCCAUCCCAAGAACCGGAAGAGGAAGACAUUAUCCCCGGCUGUCUGACUCAGAGCCAAUGGAUGGACAUGUUGGUCCAAGAAGAGGCGGAGGAUGUAGUAGGGGAAAUAAUGGCUGAUCUGAUGACCAAUGUCAUGGAAGGAUGUUAUAGUGUCCACAUUGAAAGACAGCUAUCAUCUUUCACUGCAUUCUGGGCCAAGGAUUACUUCAUACAGACUGUGGAGCAGAAACUCAUGUGCCAAGAUAGAUGGGAAGAUGCAAUGGAACUGUCCGCAACAGAAGACUCAGAACCAAUCCCAAUCACUCCAGAUGUCUGGGCAGAAGGAUGUUUUCCUGUUAUACAUGGAGCACCCCCCUCUGAGCCUGCGUCACUUCAGAUCACCCAGGAAGCAAAUACUUGCGAGGACCUUGAACCAGCACAUACUGAAGAAAAUCAGCUAAAUGUUCUCACACCACAAACCAGCAUCUCCCCUGAGCAGUCUGAAGGAAAAAUAAGUGCCAGCAGGGAUGUCGGUGACAAGAUUUGCCAAGGACCAAGUCCUUACCCCAAACAAAACAUUUCCACCAAGAAAAAACAAAAAGCUUCUUUACUGCCAAAGCUUGAGCAAAGUACUGACUCACCACCCGUGCCAUGUGCUGCAGAAAAACUGAAAACCAAGGGUGAAAAUAAAGUCCCUUCGGGUUCUAAAUAUAUACCCACAUCAUCACAACAACCGAAGUGGAAUCAAAUUAUACCUAAGCUUGAUCAUUCUUCCUUGCCUCAACACUGGAUCACUCCUCAAUAUGAGAUUGACAAAUGCACAAAAUCUAGCAUCAAAAAAUCAAGUGGACAAGCCAAAAUGUCGCCUGUGCCUAAUAGUCAGCAGAGUGGUGUAAUGGAAACGCCUUGGAAUCCUGCCAACCAAGAUCAGUCAGAGAGGUUGUCUCCCAUUAAGGAUGAGAGGAUGAUCGCACGAGCUUUGAGGAUGGACACCAUAGAUUUGGCCAAAGGUGUUUCUGUCAUGGGUGCCCCGAGAACACAGAUGGUCCCACUCCCAUUCAAAUCACAAGCUCAGUGUCCCACGCUGAGGCCGAUAAACAGUCAGUGUGUAAAAUCAUCUUUCCCCGUGGAUCAGUUGACGACACAGCGUCCACCUCAGGUUACCCAUUUGUUGCCGUCUGACAAAUUUAACUUUUGAUUGAUUGAUUUAUGGCUCAAAUUAUGAAUAAAUUCACCUUCUUCAUCUUUUUUUGGGGGGGGGGCGGUUAAAUUCUCUCGGUUGAGUUUUUCAAUCAAAGUCUUGAUAAAACAAACAAAAUAAUAAUAAAUUACGUGUCAUUUGGAAAUCGAUUUUUUUUUAAUUAAAGUUCAGACACGGAAAUAAAAAUCUGAAAUCCACUAGAGUGGAGAUCCCUGGUUUAACUCCAGUAGUCCUUUUCAAUGAAAUUAAUACACCAUGUUUAAUUGUUUUACUAAUUAAUACAAUUAAACGUGGUGUAUUAAUAUACCGCUACUAUUAAUUUGUCGAAGUACGUAGUCCGCUCUGCAUGUAUGACUCACUGACUUCAUUCAUAUGUGUAUGUUGGAUAGAACGUUACGAAUAAAAGUGUAUAACUUAAAUGUGUGCGUUACGAAUAAAAGUGUAGAACUCAAAUGUA